AUGCAUACUAUGCAAUACUCCAGCGAACAGCAUAGGCCCCCUCUAUGGGGCUUGGGGCUACCAAACACUCAGAAUAUUGCGUAUCAACCCAUACCAUUACAGCAACUACCGCCGGGACAAGGCGAAAAAUAUGAUCCGCAUUUAGGCCCACCGGGCUACUACAAUCCCCCCCAGCCCAUCACCGCAACUCCAUUCCCCCACCACCACCUACACCACCUCCAGAGCCAGAGGUCAAGUCUCAUGUACGGAAAUGUGGAUGGUUUGGGAGUAUUGCAGCAUGGUGGAUGUGCGAAAAUUAAGAGAUCGAGUUUGUGGAUCCAUUUGGCUAUCAACGCCUUGAGUACGGCGUUACUGAGUGCAAAUAUUGGAGUUUCAAGCUUAAGGAACUUAGGAAAGAUUAGCUGGACUAGAUUUCUGCUCUGGUUAUUUCUGAUGCUUAGUUCUGUGCCGUUGCAUUUCCUUUACAAUUCUGCUGUUUUUACAACGCUGGAAACGAAUUCCUACAGCACCACGACCGUCUCCGAGGGUGCCCUGAACAGAUACCUCUCAAACACUACAAGCAGUGAUCUCUACUAUUUCACCGACCCGCGCACUUUUAACCACACCGAUAAACUAGCCUGCAUGAAAGCCUAUGGGAAACAAAUGAUCUCAGAUCGUCGAGACGUCAUCAUCGUGACCGACGGAAGCGCAGGCGCAAAGUUCACCGGUAGUCAUGGCUUUCAGGAAGCUGGCACAAACACUGGACGCCAGCCCUUCGAUUGGCUAUGUGACAGCACCGGUGUUACAACACUCAGCUGCAAUAUUGACGAUGCGAUCGCUCGAAUCGAUAAUUGGAAAAUGAAUGGGGGCAAUGUUCAGUAUUGUCUGAGUGAAUACAUGGAGGAAAACUGUAGUCUGGGUUAUAGUCUCCAGAUAAUGACUAUUGUCAUUGUGUGUAAUGUUAUCAAAUGCAUCUGCAUGCUGUUGGCAGUGUUCCUCUCGAGGAAUUUGGAUGAUACAUUGGUGACAAUUGGGGAUGCUAUAGAGUCGUUUUUGAAUAAGAAAGAUUUAACGACAACUGGCAUGUGUACAGCAAGUAAAAAGGAUAUCAAAGAUGGUGUUUGGGGACCGGUGAUGGCUCAAGGGCUGAGUAGACCACUGCAGGCACGUAUUUGGACGCCUCAAAGGAAGGCCUGGUUUCGAGCGGCGGGUAUCUGGCAGUGGGUUCUAUGCAUAGGACUGGCCUUGGUUGGUAUAGUGACCGUACUCGGCUUCCUCUUUGUCGGUAUUGCCAACUGGAACGAGUAUGGUGUCUCCCGCACUCCCGCCUCCAUGUGGAAAUUGGGUUUUGGUUCUGUCAACACCCUCGCUCUAGCCGAAACUCCCACCAAUGCCUCUAGCACCAGCUACCGUGCUCUUGUCUCAGCCGUUCUUCUUUCCAAUUUGCCCCAGGUUAUCUUCUCGUUCCUCUAUCUGCUCUACAACUCACUCUUCACCUGCAUGCUGCUAGCCUCUGAGUGGGAGCGCUUCGCUACAGACCGGCGCCCACUCCGCACAACUACCCCCAAGGGGGAGCAGAGAAGCACCUACUUCCUGCAUCUGCCCUAUCGGUACAGCAUUCCACUCAUGAUUGGGUCCCUUGUGAUGCACUGGUUCAUCUCGCAGAGCAUCUUCCUUGCGCGGAUCCUCGAGUUCAAAGGUGGGACGUUGACGGAUUACUCAAUAACGACCACCGGAUACUCUCCGAUCGCGAUUCUCUUCGCGGUAGUCCUGGGGCUUCUGAUGUUGCUAAUAGUGUCGGCGAUGGGGUUGCGGCGGUAUUCGGGACAUAUGCCGCUGGCGGGGAGUUGCAGUGCGGCAAUCAGUGCGGCGUGUCAUACACAGGAAUGGGGUGUGGCGCAGAUGCCGGUGAUGUGGGGUGUUACUGAGGUUAAUGGUGGAGUGGGGCAUUGUGCGUUCAGUGGAGCAGAGGUUGGGAAGCCUGUUGCGGGGGCGUGGUAUGCGGGGGAGAAGUGA